AAUAUGUUAAUAUUAAGAUUUGAAUAAUGCCACACUCUGCUAGGGUUUUACGCAGCCUCUUCCAUGACGGGCUUUCCUACCAUGGAAACUUGGAGUUUCGUAGCCAACUCCUGUCCUUCUCCUUCUUUUGUUGCUUCCCUUUCGCCGACACCUAAUCAAACUCUGCAGAGAAAAGUCCUUCAAACAAGCACUGAGUAACGCAUGCAACACAUUCUAUAGCCAAUUACCUCAGCCUUAGCCUUGUAUGAAGGGGAAUUUCCAUCAAGUUCCCUGAGGAAGAAUACUAGGCAUGUCUUGAGACGUGUAAGAACCAUCUUCAUGGCAUUUAAGUCAAAGGGAGAUGUUCCCAUUAAGGCUGUUGACUACAAGUUUCCUUCUUUAUGAAAACUCCUAGGUUAGUGGAGUUUGAUCCCUUUAGAGAAGGGUUAUUACAAAUUUCAUUUGUCUCUGUUGAUUGAAGGAUUGAAAGGCGUAUGUGCUAUUGGAUCUUGGAGUGUCUCAAACCAAAUUUAUUGCCUCUCUUUGCUAGGUACAACAUAAACCAAGACAACAUAAACACACGAAUGUACAAGUUUGGAUAUGGUUACAUAAUCUUCCUUAAGAAUGUUGCGGAACAAGAAUAAUUUUUGCAAUUGCAGGAAGCCUUGGUAUUCCUAUUAGUAUUGAUGAAGCCACACCCAACAUAACAUUUGGCCACUUUGCUCGUGUGUUGAUUCACAUCAAUCUUUUGGGUGUUUUGCAGGAUCACCUAUUGAUUGAAAAAUUAAGGUUUAGAAUUUAUGUGGAAUAUGGAAAACUGCCUUCAUUUUGUUCUUGUCACAAUAUUGAUCAUAUGACCUCUGAAUGUAGGAGAAAACAACCUGAUAAAGCAGACGAUGAAUCUAAUGAUCUGACGUAGGGGAGAGUGGGGGUUCAUAGAAAUCAUGACGUAUCAUGAGUUCAAUUUAACAAAGUUACUUCAAGAAAUAUCAUGAGUUUAAUAUCAUCAUGAGUUCAAUUAAGUGUCUGUAAUAUGACAUUUCACAUUAAAAAUAUAACAUGUAGUUAAAAAUAUAACAUUAGUUGGAGUUAACUGAAUGAACAAUUAUUAUAAAAGAAAAUUUUAAAAAAAAUGAUUAUUCGAAGAUAAAUUAUUAAAAGAUUAAAAUUGAAAAAUUAAGAUAUUUAGAGGGAUUAAUGACAUAUUUAAGGAUUUAAAAAAUUAUUAGUCAAAAUGUCAACGGUCACGGUGCAUUAGCAACCAUGCACAAGCUUUUUAAAUCACACCAUAUGUAUGAUACGCCCUUUACACCAUAUCAUCUCCCUCCUUCUCCUGACAAAGGAUCGUCCAGAUGGUUGUAUCACCACCACCUCACCAACUCCCGGCCACAUAUGGUUGUGUCACCACCGUCAUUUUUCUCCUCUCGUUGAGCAUGUUCUCCUACAUCCAACGAUUUCCGAUGGAGCUUCUAAAAAGGAAUAGCGACAUAGCGAUACCCGUUUGUCUUUUAUUUGUAUAUAAAUUUUACUCCGGUAUUUGAUUGAGUAUUAGUACCUUCCUCAAAUCAUAUAAUUUAUAAAAAUAUUCAACGCCAUAUCAUUUUUAAUAUUAUUAAAUUUUAAAUCAAUUAAUAUUAAAGUACCUGCAUCUAACUAAACUAAUGAGUACCAAAAAUUUUCCUAAAUUUUAUUAUAUUGAAUUUAUAAUGAUUUAUGUUUUACAAAUCACAAGAAAAAAGACGGACAAAAAAGUCAAAAGAUAGAAAUACAUACAAAAGUGAAAAUGAACAUGAUGACUAAAGAAACACGACUAAUUACUAAUUAGGUGACGAGUAUGUUCUGAGACCGAGUCAUCUUCCUCUUUUGAGAGUGAAGCAUGUUUGUUGAAGAUUUCAUGGCAAACACUUCAAUGAUGUAGUAGGCUCACAAGAAGUCAAGGUUUUGGUAAGAUUUCAUGGCAUCAAUAUCCUCAUCUUCCUUUACUUACGGAUGGAAAUAUGAUGUGUUUCUAAGCUUCAGAGGCCAAGAUACUCGGCACGGUUUUACUGGUUAUCUGUACAAAGCGCUGAUUGAUAGCGGAAUUCACACCUUCAUUGAUGAUGAUGAACUUCAAAGAGGGGAACAGAUUAUGCCAUCACUUGUCAAGGCAAUUGCAGAGACAAGAAUUGCUAUUAUUGUGUUCUCUAAGAACUAUGCUUUUUCGCCCUUUUGUUUAGACGAACUCGUUAUCAUCCUCGCCUUAAUUAAGGACAAGGGUCGGUUGGUUUUUCCGGUUUUCUAUGACGUCGAUCCUUCCGAUGUUCGACAUCAGAGAGGUAGUUUUAAAGAAGCACUGGCUAAACAUGAGGAAAGAUUCCAAAAUGACAAGGAGAAGGUGCAAAAAUGGAGGACAGCUUUGUGUCAAGCAGCUGAUUUGUCUGGCUAUCAUUUCAAACAUGGGAAUGAGAAUGAAUAUGAGUUUAUAGAGAAGAUUAUUAAAGGGGUCUCCGGCAUUAUUAAUCGCAUUCCUUUACAUAUUGCGGAUUAUCCUGUUGGAUUGGACUCCCGUGUGCUAAAAGUAACCUCGCUUUUAAAUGUCGGAUCAGACGAAGUCCACAUGGUAGGAAUUCACGGUAUUGGUGGAAUUGGUAAAACAACAAUCGCUCGAGCUCUUUAUAAUAUGAUUGCCGAUCAAUUUGAAGGUUUGUGUUUUAUUGAUAAUGUAAGGGAGAAUUCAGUUAAACACGGAUUAGUACAUCUCCAAGAAACACUUCUUUAUGAUAUUAUUGGGAAGAAGUAUAUGAAGUUGGGAAGUGUCAAUGAAGGAAUUCCAAUAAUAAAGCAUAGGCUUCACCUAAAGAAGGUUCUUUUGGUUCUUGAUGAUGUUGACAAACUAGAGCAGUUGAGGGCAAUAGUUGGAGAGACUAGUUGGUUUGGUCCUGGCAGCAGAGUAAUCAUUACCACUCGGGACAAGCAUUUGUUAACAAGUCACGGGGUUGAAAAAACAUAUGAGGUAGAUGGGUUGAAUAUGAAAGAAGCACUUGAAUUGAUUUGUUGGAAUGCUUUUAAAACAGAAAAAUUUGAUUCAAGUUAUAACAGCGUUUUAAGACGUGCAUUGAGCUAUGCUUCUGGUCUUCCAUUGGCUUUGGAGGUAAUGGGUUCUCACUUAGUUGGAAAAAGUAUAAAAGAAUGGGAGUCGGCAAUAGAUCAGUUUGAAAGAAUUGCUGAUGAAAAGAUUCACAACAUACUUAAAGUAAGUUUCGAUAGUUUGGAGGAAGAUCAGCAGAAAAUAUUUCUUGAUAUUGCUUGUUGCUUCAAAGGAUGUAAUGUGUCAGACGUUAAAAAAACACUUCAGGUCCAUCACGGUUUCUGCCCAGAAUAUGGGAUUGGAGUGCUGAUAGUAAGAUCUCUCAUAAAGAUAAAUUUGAAUGGUUGUGUAAUAUUGCACGAUUUGAUAGAGGACAUGGGUAAAGAAAUUGUCCGACAAGAAUCGCCAGAGGAGCCUGGAAAACGUAGUAGGUUAUGGUUUCCUAAUGACAUAAUUCAUGUUUUCGAAGAAAAUACUGGAACUAGUAGUAUUCAAGUCAUAAUUCUGGAUUUCCCCAAUUUUGAAGAAGUGGUAGAAUGGGAUGGAAAGGCAUUCAAGGAGAUGAAAAACCUCAAAACUCUUAUCAUUAGAGUUGGUAGUUUUUCCAAAGGUCCCGAGCAUCUUCCAAAUAGUUUAAGAGUAUUGGAAUGGCGGGGAUAUCCAUCACCAUCUUUACCUUCCAACUUUCAUCCAAAGAAACUUGUGAUACUGAAGUUACCGCAAAGUCAGUUAAUGUCCCUCAACUUGCUUAUACCAAAGAAGCAGAAGUUUGUGAACAUGAGAGUUUUGAAUUUUGAUGAUUGUGAGUGUAUAACAGAGAUACCUGAUGUGUCUGGUGCUCCAAAUUUAGAAGAGUUAUCAUUUGGUGAUUGCGCAAAUUUAAUUAAAAUUCAUGAAUCAGUUGGAUUCUUGAAUAAGCUUAAAAUUUUGAAUGCUGAUGGCUGUAGCCGGCUCAGGACUUUUCCACCCAUCAAGUUGAGCUCCCUUGAAAAACUCAAGCUUUCAUCUUGUUACUGUUUGAAGAGUUUUCCAGAAAUAUUAGGAAAGAUGGAAAAGAUUACAGUACUUGAUUUACUAGCCACUCCGAUAAAAGAACUUCCAUUUUCCAUUCACAAUCUCACCCGGCUUGAAAGAGUAGUACUGAUUGGCUGUGGAGUUGUUCGGUUACCAAGUAGUAUUUUGGUGAUGCAGGAACUUCAUGAGUUGAUUGCUGGGGAAUGUACAUUGUUAUUACCACAACCGAACGAUUUUGAACCUCUAGCUAGCUCAAUGGUCUUCAAUCUAGGUCUUUCUGGCUGCCACGUUUCAGACGAUUUCCUUCGAAUUGGUCUCCCUUUGUUUUCUAAUGUGAAAGAGCUGUACCUGUCGCAGAAUAAUUUUACAAUUCUUCCAGCAUGCAUCAAAGAAUGUUACUUUCUAACUAAAAUUCAUUUGGAUGGUUGCAAGAAUCUCAAAGAAAUUUGCGGGGUUCCACUAAACUUAGAAACAUUAUCUGCAAAAUGUUGCACAUCCUUGAUAAUUUUAGACCUCAAACUUCUUCCUGAAUGCGCCAAAGUAUGCCGCUUUUUGAGGACACUUAUAUUGGAUAACUGUAAAAAUCUUCAAACUAUUAGAGGGGUUCCACCCAACAUAAGGACUUUGUCUGCAAAAGACUGCCCUUCCUUGACUUCCGGGUGUAGAAUCAUGUUACAGAGUGAGAAACUGCAUGCAGAGGGCGGGGACAAGAAGUUUCACUUACCAGGAAGAUGUAUUCCAGUGUGGUUCGAGCACUACGUCCAUGAUCAUAAUGCAUCUAUUACUUUCUGGUUUCGUAAAAAGAUCCCUGCAAUAUCUCUAUGUCUUGUUGUUCGACCCGGUUCAUAUGAAGAAAUUAUUCAGCCCAGAUUUAUCAUCGAUGGAAAAAGAAAAACAGAUGGAUUCGAGCUAAGUUUCGACGAUGGUGACCAUGGGCACAGUGGACUAGCAGAUCAUAUAAUAAUUUUUGAUAUAAAACAGAUAACAUUCAAAUUAACAGAUGCUGUUCUUGAAAACGAAUGGAAUUGCGUGGUGUGUACGUCUAAGUAAAUGUGAAUGAUGAAUGAAUGCCAAGAAACUCCAUUGAUGGAGAAGAAUGAAGCUCUGUGAAUGCAGAGAAGAAACAAAGAAGAACGAAAGAGAAAAUCAAUAUUGCAUUCAUUAGUUUGUUACAAAGUCGUUACAUGGUUUAUAUACAAGUGUAACUAACUAACUGUGCAUAACAAACUUUCAGUUAGGGCAUAACCAAUCUCAGCCAAUCAAUCCUCCACGUCAGUCAUCUCAUGCACGUGCUUUGUCACCCCCCCACAAGCUUGAGGUUGAUAGAUGUUCAUCAAACCAAGCUUGGACAGACAAGAAUGAAAUGGACGUGGUCCAAGAGCCUUAGUAAAGACAUCUGCAGCUUGAUCUUGAGAGGAAACCGGCAACAAGCGCAUCACUCCAGCUUGCAACUUCUCACGGACCAAAUGACAGUCGAUGUCCAGAUGUUUAGUACGCUCAUGAAAAACAGGGUUUGCAGAAAUGUGUAGGGCACUCUGACUAUCGCAAUAAAGCACUGGUAAUCGAGAGGGAUGUUGAUGCAAAUCAUGCAACAAGAAGCAUAGCCAUUGAAGCUCACGAGUAGCAGAUGCGAGGGCACGAUAUUCUGCCUCAGCAGAUGAACAACUGACCGUGAGCUGCUUCUUAGCCUUCCACGACACAAGUGAUUGCCCAAUGAAAAAGCAAUAUCCAGAGAUGGAACGACGCGUGUCAACACAGCCGCCCCAGUCAGCAUCACUAAACCCUGAUAACUGCAAAUCAGAGGCUUGAGACAAGAAUAUACCACGAGCUGGAGAUUGCUUAAGAUAACGAAGAACUCUUAAAGCAGCCUUGUAGUGAGACUCGGUAGGUGCACUCAUGAAUUGGCUCAAUUGUUGAGUAGCAAAAGCAAUGUCUGGUCGCGUGGUAGUGAGAUAGAGGAGUCUUCCCACUAAUCUUCUAUAGGCAGUGACAUCAGCAAAGGCAGAUCCAUCAUUUUGAUGAAGGCGCGAAGAAGCAUCCAAAGGAGUGGAAACUGGUUUGCAACCAGCUAAGCCAGCAUCAUGAAGCAAUUCAAGGUAAUAUUUUCUUUGACAAAGGAAGAUACCUUUAGGUGAUCGUGCAACCUCAAGACCUAAAAAAAACUUCAACUGGCCCAGGUCUUUGAUGUGAAAGGUAUCAUCCAGUGAUUUCUUCAAGGUGUUGAUCAUAGAAAUAGAUGUCCCUGCUAAGAUGAUGUCAUCAACAUACACAAGGAUGGCUGUGAAUGAAGAAGAAUCAGUCUUAGUAAAGAGUGUAUGAUCAGCAUGUGCAUGGAGGAAACCUUGAGCUUGAAGAAAAGUGGUUAAUUUUUCAAACCAUUGCCUACUUGCUUGUUUUAAACCAUACAGUGAUUUGUUCAACUUACAUACUUGGCCAACUUUUGAAGAGAGUACACCCUGUGGAAGUUUC